AUGUCUUCAGCAGUGACAUUAGCAUUCAUCAAUAACUACUUCUUUCUUUUCAUUCGUUUAAUCGGCUCUCUUUUCUGCUCAUCCUUCAUACUUCCCACUUACACGAUUGUGGUUAUUUUAUUUUGUUCUUACCUCUCUUUCUUUUCUAUGCUCUUUGCUCAUUUUUCCGCAUGUGUCCGGUUUUUUUUGGUGUAUAUUCAUAUAUUCUUUCUUCCUUCCUUUCUUUCUGUCUUCCUUUCUUUCUAUCUAUCCUUUCUUCUUUUUUAUUCUCUACGUCUAAUUUUUAUUCCUUACUUCCUUUCUUCUUUCAUCUCUAACACUAUUCCUUCCUUUGCGUUCUCUCUCAACUGUUAUUCUAUACAGUAUUCCUUCCUUACUUUCUUUCGUUCUUCCUUUCUUUCUUUUUUUCUUUCUUCCUUUCUUUCUUUCUUUCUUUCUUUCUUUUUCUUUUGUAACUCUAGUUCUCCCUUUCUUUCUCUCUGUAAUGUUAUUCUGUUCAUUCUUUCUUUUCUCUCUAUCUCUAUCUCUUCCUUUGCUUUCUCUCUCAAAUAUUAUUCUGUUCUCUCUUUCUUUCUUUCUUUCUUUCAUUUUUCUCGGUCGCUGGUCCUUCCAUUGUUUUCUCUCUCUUCUCUUAUUCUGCACUUUCUUUCUUUCAACAUUUUUUCUCCUUCGAUUUUAUCACAAUUCUUUUCUAUGAUUAUUUUUUCUAUCCAUUUUUUUUAUUUCCUUACUUCCUUUCCCCCUUCCUUCCUUUAUUCAUUAAUUCCUUCGUUUUCUUUCAUAUCUCGAGUUUUUUUCUUUUUGUCUAUUUUUCUGGUUUUGUAA